GAGGAGCAGCGGGGUGGACGGAAGUGAAUUUCCCUCACUCCCUCUGUCCUGUUUGAAUUCUGUGUCCUUGGAUGAUUUAUGAGAUAUGUUCAUUGAAAUUAAGAAGGGGUGGGGGAGAAAGAGAAGAAAAUGUCCCCGAUUCUCACAGAAGACAGAUAUUGCCAUGUGCCCAGAGGCUGCUGGGUACUUAGCAACCCAAAGGGACGGCACUGGAUUUUCCAAAAAAGCUAAAAAAGAAAAAAAAAUCAAGAUGAGUAAAGAUGUGGUUUUCAGAUAAUGCCCAACAAAGCAGCGACCAGAGGUGAGGCGUCACCACUUGGGCUUAUAAAAGCUGCUGCCACAGGCUACGGCCACAAAGCCACCAGCUUAAGCCAGCCUACAGUUCUUCUGCGCCUUGGUUCUCUCGUUGGCUCUGGGCUUCAUGGCGCUCUGGGUGACCGCAGUCCUGGCUCUCGCCUGCCUUGGUGGUCUCGCCGCCCCAGGCCCCGUGCCUCGACCCAUGCCGCCCCCUGUGGCCCUCAAGGAGCUUAUUGAGGAGCUGAGCAACAUCACACAAGACCAGAGGACUCCGCUAUGCAACGGCAGCAUGGUGUGGAGCGUGGACCUGACAGCUGGCGGGUUCUGUGCAGCCCUGGAGUCCCUGACCAACAUCUCCAGUUGCAAACCCAUCUACAAGACCCAGAGGCUAUUGAGUGGACUCUGCACCCGGAAGUCGGCUGGGCUUUCCAGCCUCCCAGAUACCAAAAUUGAAGUGGUCCAGUUCAUAACCACACUGCUCAGCUACUCAAAGCAACUUUUUCGACACGGCACCUUCCAGUGACAAGAGAAAAACACAGAGACAGGCCCUGGUCAUCUCAGCUGUGGAACCAUUUUUCUUUCUCACAUCCGACAUUUCUUUGGGAGGCAGGGAGGAGGGUUGGGAAGGGAUAAGAUUGCCUUAGCUUUGACCUUGGCCUGUACUGCCUGCCUAGUGCCGGGGGCCUCAGCCUGGCAACUUCCUCUGUCAGUCCAUCCCUAUGCCUGUGGCCUGCUUCACACAGGCCGACUGAGGCAGAGAGCAGCUUGGGCACAUUUCUUCUUGAUCUUAUUUAUUAUGGUUGUAUGUUAUUUAAAUGAGUCUGUCAGUAUUGGGGUGGGGGAAUGGUUUGCUGCCUGCGCCCUGAGACUUGGGGCCCCAGCACCAAAGCAGUGGGCCUUGGGGUCCCUGGCAAUAAUUACUGUAUACACAAUUCUGCUACCUCACUGGGGCCUCCGGGUCUCACCUCAGGCAGGGGACAGGAGGGAAGGCCAGAACCACAGUCCUGUCUGCUGGCCGGCAGCAACCAGCCCUCAGCCGUGAAGUAACUUAUUGUUUUAUCCUUAUAUUUAAACUAUUAAAUAGGUUAGCAAA